AUGCCAACAACUACUCUUCUGAAAAUUACAUUCAAUGGCAGAGUCAACAUCGUGCAAGGGGUGUGUAUUGACAUUAAGUUGAGGUGUAACGGAGAAGUCGACUGUGACGAUAGCUCGGACGAAGGAGCUGCUUGCUCUAACAUACUGCCUCUACCCACGACCUACUGGAAUAAGAUGUGUCCUACACCAGCCCCAGUCAUUAGGAUGCGAGCAAGAAGUCUUGGAGUCAAUAAUGUGAUUAUGAACAAUAAUCAAAUCGAAAUUACGCUAUUCACAGACCUAACAUGGAUAGACUCGAGGAUCAAUUUCACUAUGCUCCUUGUUGGAACUAUUUACCAACUACCAGACGAAAACUUGACCGAGUUGUGGCGCCCACAACUAUUCCUAGACAACGGAGGCUACAACAAUAACCUCAAUAUAGCGAAGAGGACUUCACUACUUGAAAACUUCUACGUCCGCACCAAUGUGACUGGCUGGAACUCGUUCCACGAGACCAGAGAAGCAAUCGUAAACUAUGGCACCGACGUCGAAAUUCACUACGAAACUUCGUACCUUUACACUUUUGGCUGCCGAUUUGACUUCUUCUCUUAUCCGUUCGACGUGCAAAUUUGCGAGCUCCAAUUCUCGCUCAAGAAAAUAUCUGGAAGUUCGUGCCAGCCUGUCUGGAAUGAAGUAAAUGCAAUCCUCAGUAACCGUACGAGCAUUCCUAUGUAUGACGUCGAUCAAUUACGCUACAGAAUCGAGAACAAAAAAACGCUUAAAAUUGUCGUCUUGCUAAGACGUAAAUACUUCUCUUACCUGCUCACCACGUUCUUUCCUUGCAUCGUCUUGUCUUUGCUAGGAUCCCUUACGAUGAUAUCCUUUCGUCUGGAUAAUUUUCAAGAUAGAAUUACAGUGACAUUGUCACUUCUGAUCGUCGUGGCUUCACUCUUCUCACAAGUCGUAGCCACGAUACCGACGUCUCCGUCUUCUAAGUGCGUUGAGAUCUUCUUCUUCUACGUCAUCCUGCGACUAGCAUUCGUCUUCAUUCUCCAUACACUCGUCGAUAUCAUCAUUACACGAGAAGAAAUGACUAAAGCAAAGCCCGUCUCAAAGAGGAAAAACCUUCCGAAUAAAAUUGAACCGAUGAGGUCUGAGCGGCGAGGUGAACCCUCAGAAAAGAACCCCGCUGCUUGGCUUUCAGAUUUAGGUAACGAAAUCAAAAACGAACGCCUGAUUCCUCAAAAGGCCAUUCGCGUAAAUCGAAUGGGCUGGAUAUUGGGCUUCUUCUGCGAUUUCAUGUUCGCCUUGGUGCUGUCGCUCUUCGUCCUGGAGAACAAGUCUGGCAUCGUUAGCCAUUUCACAGCCUCCCAGCUAUACCCAUUUCAGGAAGAGGGGCACGGUCAAUAA